AUCCAGGCCAUGGUUGGGCCGUCCGUUGUUCAUCUGCCAGAUGGACAGACCUUUACAGUCACCCCGGUAUUUGCCGGAUUCUUUUUCAAGUCGCACGAGCUCACACACGAGCAUGCAUUCCCAGUCGGCUGGACUGUAGUUCUGCACACCCAGGAGAAUUUAUCUGCCUCUGCCUCUGCCUCUGCCUCUGCCCCAGCCACUCCAGCAGCUGGCAAAAAGGAGAAUGACCAGGAAGACAAUGGCGACGAUGACAUGCAGCCCAUCAGGCCGUACACUGGCCCAACCCUUCAGGGAGACUGCCUGUUUAUCAGCUCCAUCAGCAACCCCUCCAGCAGUGAGUUUGCGCCGCCCGUCAGUCCGACACGCCAGAUAGCCAUGAUGCUCUGGGUGACGCUCUACUGGUACUUCCACGAGCCCGCGCCGUCCCCGAUCCUGCCCGCCACCACUUCUUCGGCCUCCACCCCAGAAGCCGGCCGGCCCCGCGGCGACUGGCGCAUCAACAUCAAGCGCAGCGGCGUGCUGCGUGAGAAGAACCUGCUGCCCAAGCUGGAGAGGAUGGGACUCAUCACGACCCUGGCUUCCUCGGCCGGGCCUGCCGAAGGCGACGCCGAGUGGGACGACAUGUUUGUAACCAGAAACACCUUCUGGCAAAUUCCCGCGAGGCUGUUCCUGUUUACGCUGGCGCCAAAGCCGCGGGGAAGCAACGCCGACGAGGCCCGUGUCGGCACUCCUUCAGGCAGCAGGCCGACGUCCUCGACUGCUGCCACAUCCCCGGCCUCACCGUCGGUGCGGCCGCAGCCGCUCCCGCCCGCAUCAUCCUUCCCCAUGGGCCCCUUCCACAGCUCCGCCCACCUGCCGACCUACUACCCGCCGGCGCCGGCGCAGUACACCAUGACCAACGGGGUGCGCCAUCCGAUGCGGCCUCGGCCGCCGAGGCAGGGCGAGGUGUUUUACAGCCGCUACGUGCCCUCGGCCGGCGCCUACCUCUCGUUACGGGUUGCGUCGCUCCAGCCGGACCCCGUGCCCUACGGCGGGCCCGUCGGGCCAGGGCAGGGGUCCAGCAGGAUCAGCGCCGGGGCGGCCUCGCACGCCCACCUGGCGUCGCUUGCCGACACGAGCCUGCUGCAGAUGUGGAUGGCCAAGGAGCGCGUGUCGGCGUUUUGGGGCUCGUACACGCCCACGUUCCUGUCGGCCGUCCUCGAGUCCAAGCACUCGUUCCCCGUCGUGGCGCUCUGGGACGGCAUCCCCUUUGCGUACCUCGAGAUCUACUGGCUGCGGGAGGAUCCGAUCGCCAGGUGUCUCGGCCCGGGGUCCGCCGGGGACUGGGACAGGGGCUUGCACGUGUUUGUGGGCGAGGAGUGGGCGAGGGGAAUGGUGCAGCUGUGGCUGAGCAGCGCGGUGCACUGGAUCCUGACGGCGGAUUACAGGACCAUGAGCGUCUGUAUGGAGCCAAGGGUGGAUAACGUCAGGUUCAUUCAACAUCUUCAGGCUGGCGGGUUCGAAAAGGAGACUGAGCUCUCUCUUCCUCACAAGCAGGCUUGGUUCGGUCGAUUAAGGAGGGAAAAUUGGGAAGGGCCCAGUUUAUGA